UUCAAGCACGCCUCAGAGAAGCUUUUUGAAAGUUCGGAACUGUGUAGACAAGUUAGCAUCAAGCAGCCCUUCACUACUUUGGUCCUAUGAGACCCUCGUGCUCCGACUUUGUGACGGCCACAACAUCAAGCAAAGGUGUAGAAGGGCUUUCCUAUUUCCCUUGUCCAUACACUGAGGCGUCUAAUGGCCUCCAGCUCAGGGCUGUUCAUGUGAGAAAGGAAUCUGAAAAGAGAAGGGCAGACACUUAAAGAGAGAGAGAGAAGAGUUUCCCACAGAGCAUGGCCUCUGCCAAAAAAGAUGGUGUGGAUGAAAGAACGGUGGACAUUAAAGAAGAGGACUGUGAGUGGCUCACACCAGAGUAUGUGUGUGUGAAGCUGGAAGAUCACGAAGAAAGAAUUUCAGUUUUUAAAGAGGAGGAGGGGUGCAAGGGGGUGACUGCUGCCAUUAAAUCUGAGGAUUUGAAUGAUUUCUCAGUUGGUCUUGUACUUCAAAAGCAUGAAACUGAGGAUAUUUUCAAACAAGAUGCCUGUGAAGAAUCUCCAUCCAGUUUACAGCCCUGGUCCACUAAUACGGGACGACUGGCUACGCAGGAGAAUUCUGCAGAGCUAAAAUCAGAGUUAUCAGAGUCUGAAGAGAAAAUCACAGAGGAAAAAGGGAGAGGAGAAGAGUCACCUGGGAGUGCUGGAAUAAAUUUACAGAAGAAUGGAAACUUCUCUCCACCUUCAUUUGGUCAGCCCUCUCCUCAACACAAAGAGAAAGGUAUGAAGAAAUCAGCAAAUGGAUCAGAGAAGCUGACAGCAGCCUUUUUGCAGUACAGUUUUCUCCCUGCUACUGGAGCAACACAGACAGCUGAUCGACAGCAUGUGGAGAAAGAAAUCCAAAUUCAUAUUGGAAAAAAAUGUUUGGAAUGUGGCAAACAAUUCACACACAAAAGUGAUCUUAAUAAGCAUAUGAAGAUUCACACAGGAGAUAAAACAUAUUGUUGUCAUGAAUGUGGUAAGUCGUUCUCGUAUCUAUGCAAUCUUCAGACGCACAGAAGAAUCCACACAGGAGAAAAACCUCAUUGCUGUCCAGCGUGUGGUAAGUCGUUCUCAACGAGUAGCUAUCUUCAGAUGCACAAAAGAAUCCACACAGGAGAAAAACCUCAUUGUUGUCCAGAGUGUGGUAAGUCGUUCUCCAAUAGAAGCAAUCUUCAGACGCACAGAAGAAACCACACAGGAGAAAAACCUUAUUGUUGUCCAGAUUGUGGCAAACAGUUUUCUGACAAACGAACUUUUCAAAGGCAUACAGAAUUUGAUACUGGAGAGAAGCCAUAUUGCUGUCCUGAAUGUGGAAAAAGGUUUUUUAACAGAAAUUGUUUUCGAGUACACACACAAACUCACACUGAAAAGAAAAUUCAGUAUGUCUGUUUUGAAUGUGGUAAAUGUUAUGCAAACAAGAGAAGUCUUCAUAGACAUGCCAAAAUCCAUACUGGAGAAUAAUAUUUUUGCUGUUCUGAAUGGGGAACCGAUUCUUAGACUGUACUUCAGUCCCACAUCUGAACUCACACUUGCGACAAACCUUAUUGUUGUCCUGAAAGUGAUAAGAAGUUCUCCCAACAAAGCACCUUCCAGAGUCACAUCAGACUUCAUACAGGAGAGAAACCUCACCAUUGCUUGGAAUGUGGCAAACGAUUCUCAUGCCUCAAUUCUCUGUGUAAUCAUGAGAGAAGUCUUACAGUUGUACUGAAUGUUGGAAUGUGAUUCUCCUAUAAUAGUUCUCUUCACUUUCAUAAAAUAAUUCAUUCUGGUAAGAAACAACACUGUUCUGACUGUGGCAAGCUUUUCUCAGACAGCAGAACUCUUAAAGAUCACAUGAGAAUUCACUGUGGAGAGAAACCUUAUUGCUGUCCAAAAUGUGGCAAAUGAUUCUCACAUCAAAGCGCACUUAGGUGCCACAGAAGGAUCCACACUGGAGAGAAACAGUACACCUGUUCUGAAUGUGGUAAAGGGUUCUCUUCCAGAAGAAGUUUUCAGAGACACACACAAAGUCAUAUUGGAGUAAAGCCUGUCCCAGAAAUGACCAAUGAUCUUUCUAUUGGCUCCUCAAUGAAAACAAUUGAAGAUAAAUUUUAUGAAUGCUGUAAAGGACUCCAGUUGAAAGUAGCUAAUAAGUUAUAAAAACAGUGGAGAUAACACUGAAAGUGUGAAACAGUUCCUAGAUUUAAGGUCACCUCAGAGCCACAUAUGAAUUCACACUGAAAUACAACACACAUUUCACAAACAGCAAGAAUCUUCUUCAACAACUUAUAGGUGCAAGAAAAACCUCAUUGUUGUCCUAAAUGUGGUUAAUGCUUUUCUGGCAGCAGUAGCCUUCAUAUUCGUCAAUGACUGACUUACUUGUGGUAAGCCUCUUAGCUGUUCUGAAUGUAGAAAGUGGUCCUCCUUUAUCAGCCAUCAUCAGCAACACGUAAGAUUUCAUGAAGGACUCAAACUGUACUGCGAGUACGUCGGCCACACAGGGACUGAACACAACUGAAAAAGUGCAAUGUAAUAAUGAAAAAAUGGAGAAGUCAAAUCAAAUCCACAGUGUAGUGCCAACUACAAGGAUGUGCCACUGACAAUGAGGAGAAUAUUUUUGUUUCGGAGCUUUGGAGAUGUGGCCUUAUCUGAGUAGUAAUGAACUUGUACCGUCUCUGGGAUGUCACAUGAUGAACAUGAACUUAAUUUUUUGGUUAGCUACUCAGUUUCAGAUCUGGUUCCAAUGCAGCAAAGGCCUCCUGGAGUUCCCGAUCACCCCCUCUGAAAUUAGUGCCCCGGUCACAUAGGAAUUCAUAAGGCUUCCCUCUUCUUGCCCCAAAACGUCUGACUGCAAGUAAAAAUGAAUCUGUAUCCAUGCUGCUUAGCAGGUCCAGAUGUACACACCUUGUAAUAAGGCAUUUGAAUAUUAUACCCCACCUUUUCUAAUGUCUUCUGCAAAUACGGAUUGUAUAAGGGCCAACACAGUCAAUCACUCAUAGAUUUCUGGGAUGCGCUCUCUUUCCAAGUUCCGCCAAAGAAAACGUAGCAAGGGUUGAUCUUCUGGAAUUAACUGUACCUGUUGAAACAUCGCCCAUAUAUCUCCACUUAUGGCAAUGUUGUGCUCUCGGAACCUGAGCAGUACCCAAGUAGUGAUGGACCUAAUGUUGGUCCAGGCAAAAGGUUGUCAUUUAAGUUAAUUUUCUGGUAGUUGUUAGAGCAGUUGAACACAACCCUGGCCUUGCCAUUGUGCUGUACAAUAUGGUGUGGAACAUACCAUGAUUAAAGAGAUCUCUCAGCUUCUUCCCUUGGUAUCUUCACCACAUGACCAUGGCUGAUUUGAUCGACAUGAAAACGAGGUGACAAUGUGUUUACUGUAAGAAUGCUCUGAUUCUCUGUAGCAGAAACAAUGUCAUGAAGUGCAGGUAAAUGUUGACCUCCGCGUGUUGCACAGGGUUUCUUAAGUGUACAAUUAUCCUGUUUGUGACCUCGGCCGCACCUCCAACAUCUAUCUUGUUCCAUAACCCAUUUCUCCUUUUCUGUAUGGCUCAAUUUGCUGAAAGUUUCACAAGCAUUGAGGUAAUGCUCACGGUUAUUGCAGCAAGGGCAAAAUGGUUUAAAACAGACCCGCUUUGUAGCUGUACUUGUUGCUUUAGUGUCCGUUGAUGGAGCAGAGGACAUUGAAGCAGAAGGCAUGUGCUGCUCAUUUCCUAUAAGAACUGUGGCUGUUUUGGUCUUGGUAAACUUGAAGAGCUUGUGCUCUCUUCGGUAAGGCUCUCCUUUAACUGCUUCCAUUGCACAUCUGGAUAUCUGUAUGGCCUGAGCUUUCCGGUCAAGCCAUUCUGCAAGAUCUGGUAGAGUGUAUGUUCUGGCACUGCCACUCAUGAUAAUGUGUUUAUUAAAGCAGUGUUCAAUAAGCGAGUCUCUAUAGUUCGCAGGUAGUUUAGCUAGCAAUGCAUCUACAUGAGAUCCACACUGUAGUUCAGCUCUAGCGGGCCCAUCCAUAGUAUUAAGCAUGCCCACCAAAGUGUUUAGAGCAGUAGUAAAAUCCUCAAAGCAGUGAGCAUUAUCUGGACAUAAGGCUGGAGUGUUUAGGAUUGACUUUAAUUCACAUUGAACUAAUUGUCUUGGUUGACCAUAUCUUUGCUCUAAAGCUUGCAUUGCACUAGUGUAUGGGAAUGGGUGAUGGACAUACCUUUUAUCAAUCUGAUAAGCAGUGGGUAGCUCUAGAUGAUCCAGCAAUAUUUGGUACUUAUAAUCUUCAGUUAAAUGGAGAUGAGGACCAAGAAUACCGUCCAAUGCUGUCUUAAGCACGAGAAAGUCACUCUCUUUGCCUUAAGAAAAGGCUGCUAACUUUGGUUUUGGUAUGCCAUAUGAUGAUGCAAUUGCCAUUUCCAUUAAUCCAGGCACACUAGGAUCAGUAGGAGUGUAAAUGUGCAGAGGAGGCUGCCUUUGGUUGUGCUGAUGCAGAAUUAAGUUAGAAAUGGAGGACAGUGGCAGCGGCUGAAACGAUGUCUGCACAGGUGUUGGUGCAGGCUGCACAAAGUCCUCCAAGUAAGCUGGCACAUGCCAUGUGUGACUUGGACAAGGAUUUGUUGUCUGUGUCUCACUGUAAAAAUCUCUAGAUGUAGCCAUAGCGCAACCAAUGUACAGUACUAUCCGGCUUGAAGGACCACUUUGUGAGGCACAGACAGGGACUGAUGUACUUUGGCUUUGUUUCUUGAGUGACUGAAGUAAAUAUUAGGGCAACGGAUGUUGGAAAUGACUGCUUUCUUGACCAGGGUGUUAUCAACACUGAGAGGUUACACUUGAAUAAUAAAAAUAAUUCUUUA